CUCCUCCUCUCCAUGUAUAAAGAUGACCGUUGCCACUUGCCAGUGCCACAUAUGAUCGUCGGCUCCGGUGAUUUUCGCUCUCUCUGCGGCCACACUUGUUUGCUUGGUCUCUUUGUAAUACUUUAACAUCACUUAGUAUAUUGCAUGUUUCAUUCUUUCUUUCUCUGAUUUUGUUUUCGUGAGAUAUUAAAGAGUUCAUAACAUAUAAUUUCGAUGUCAGACCGUAUUAAAAAAGUUUUUUUUGUGGAUUAGAUUCACGAUGCAUUUUAAUCAGUGGAGUUUAAUGAAAGAAUUAGAUUCUUAAUAAUUUUGGGUACAUAUGCAAUUUCAGAUUUUCUUUGUCAUAAAAGGAAAAUUUCAUUUCUUUUUGCUUGUUUUGUGCAUUGCGAUGUUUGUCUAAUUCAGAUAAGCACAUAGCGUUUUCCUAUUUUCAGCUACUAAAGUACCCAAAAAACAUAAAGACUUUGAGAUUCUUCUCUACAUAGUGGGUGAAAAAAAGACUACAUCAUAAAAAAAACUACACGAUAUGAAGUCAUUUAUAUGUGUUAUAUAACUUCCUUUGUGUGUGGUUAGGUCAUAUAAAGACCUGUUGCAAAGGCUAACAUCUGAUCAGAGCGACGUGGUUUAGAAUCUCCGAGUGAUUUGAGGGGAUAUGGAGGAAGAAAGAGUGGAAGGCUCGAAAAGGCCAUUUCAAGGUAUCAUAAGAGAUGUCAAAGGAAGAGCCUUGUGUUACAAGCAAGACUGGAUCGCUGGUCUACGUUCUGGUUUCGGGUACUUAUAAUUAGAUUCUUCUUGAGAUAGAGAAACAAAUUGUAAUUAUAUGUUUUUUGAGAGGUUUUACAGGAUUUUAGCACCGACAACAUAUGUUUUCUUCGCCUCUGCGCUUCCUGUUAUUGCCUUUGGCGAGCAACUUAGCCACGACACAGAGAGAUCGUUGAGCACAGUGGAAACGUUAGCAUCAACAGCGUUAUGUGGAGUGAUACACUCGUUAUUGGGAGGACAACCAUUGUUGAUACUUGGAGUUGCAGAACCAACUGUCUUAAUGUACAAAUACUUGUACGACUUCGCUAAAGGAAGACCUGAAUUGGGCAAACAACUCUACUUAGCUUGGGUUGCUUGGUGAUUACUCCAAAACUCUAAAUCGUUUGUUCUUGUAAAUGUUUUCCUGUAAGAGUUAUGGUCUUGCUUGUUUUUUAAUUGAAGGGUUUGUGUGUGGACGGCUUUGUUACUAUUCCUAAUGGCGAUAUUCAACAUGGCUUAUAUCAUCAACCGGUUCACGAGGAUCGCUGGUGAGCUGUUUGGUAUGUUGAUCGCUGUUCUAUUUCUCCAACAAACCAUAAAGGGAAUGGUGAGUGAAUUUAGGAUUCCAAAAGGUGAAGACUCAAAACUUGAAAAGUAUCAGUUUGAGUGGCUCUACACAAACGGACUUCUUGGCCUUAUUUUCACAGUCGGUCUUGUCUACACCGCUUUGAAGAGCAGAAAAGCAAGGUCUUGGCCAUACGGAACAGGAUGUUGCCGAAGCUUCGUUGCAGACUACGGAGUUCCGUUGAUGGUUGUGGUUUGGACAGCAUUGUCUUUCAGUACGCCAUCAAAACUACCCUCUGGUGUCCCGAGAAGACUCGUUAGUCCUCUUCCAUGGGACUCUGUUUCUUUAACACAUUGGACUGUCAUCAAGGACAUGGGUAAAGUCUCUCCCGGUUACAUAUUUGCAGCGUUUAUACCCGCAUUGAUGAUCGCAGGCCUCUACUUCUUUGACCACAGCGUUGUCUCGCAGCUCGCGCAGCAGAAGGAGUUUAACCUCAAGAACCCUUCUGCAUAUCACUACGACAUUCUCUUGUUAGGUUUCAUGGUAUUGAUCUGUGGAAUGCUCGGUCUACCGCCUUCCAACGGAGUCCUCCCGCAGUCUCCUAUGCAUACCAAAAGCCUAGCUGUUUUCAAACGACAGUUAAUGCGGAGGAAGAUGGUGAUGACAGCCAAAGAAAGCAUCAGACAGAAAGCAACGUCCUCUCAAGUGUACGAGGAUAUGGAACAAGUCUUCAUAGAAAUGGACAAAAGCCCACUUGCUGAGACACACACAACACUGAUAAAUGAGCUGCAAGAUCUGAAAGAGGCAGUGAUGAAGAAGAGUGACGACGACGGGGAUACCGGCGAAGAGAGUGGUUUCGAUCCAGAGAAGCACGUUGACGCUUACUUGCCUGUUCGAGUCAACGAGCAGAGAGUGAGCAACCUGUUGCAAUCAUUGCUAGUGAUAGGUGCAGUGUUUGCUCUACCGGUCAUUAAGCUCAUACCGACUUCACUUCUAUGGGGAUAUUUUGCUUACAUGGCCAUUGAUAGCCUCCCAGACAAUCAAUUCUUCGAACGAACAGUACUUCUCUUCGUCCCACCAACCCGGAGAUUCAAGGUCUUGGAAGGAGCGCAUGCAUCGUUCGUGGAGAAAGUUCCGCAUAAGUCAAUCGCUGCAUUCACGCUAUUUCAGAUACUCUACUUUGGGCUUUGCUACGGAGUGACGUGGAUUCCAGUGGCCGGAAUCAUGUUUCCGGUUCUUUUCUUCCUUUUAGUAGCCAUCAGACAGUACCUUCUCCCUAAGCUCUUUAAACCAGCCUAUCUCCGGGAACUCGAUGCGGCGGAGUAUGAGGAGAUCCCUGGAACUCCUAGAAACCCGCUUGAACUGUCUUUCAGGUCGAAUAACUCGGCGAGAGGGGUCCAAGAGUGUGAUGCUGAGAUUCUAGACGAGUUAACAACGAGCAGAGGCGAGCUCAAAGUCCGUACACUCGGUCAUAACGAAGACAAAGGCCACCAGAUAUAUCCCAAGGAGAUAGUAGAAGUAGGGGAUGGGGACAUGAGUUCUUCGAGAGAGUGAUCUAUCAACAAAAUAACGAUCAAAACCAUUUUUGCAAGUGCACAUCAUGAUGGUGGUCAUGUGCAAAACAUAGAUGAUAUGUGGCUUUUAUUUUUUCCUAAAUAAAACCCAAGAAGAUGUGUUUAUCAUCUUGUAUUUUUCUCUAUAUAUUAACUUUUUUCAAAACUUUCCUAACUAGUUGGGAACUUGGGAGGCUAACGGUAACGGACUUAUUAUGAUGAAAAUAGAAUUGCUAUUGUAAGUAUUACUAGAUUUGUCCAUAAAAAAAAAACACUGACUUUUGUUAUUCAUUUAAGUAAACUCAUAAAAGAUUACAUUUUUAGAGGAACCAUAUAGAGACCAUUAUUUUAAGCAGUAAACUUUGACCUGAGCAUGUUGAUUGUUUUACUAUCCGCCUUAAACGCCG